UUUCGAUGAAAUACGGUCUACCACAAGUUAUAUCACAAUAAGUUGAUGUUAUUUCCUAUACGAGUACAACAACAACUACUACUACAAAACAACAACAACAGGAUUUUAUAUAUGUAUUAUGCAAUAGAACGUGAAUCGCUUAAUAAAGAUUUUCUUGUUCUAUAGUUAUAUCCAUUUCUAUAAAACUACCUAUAAUAAUGUAUAGAUGUGUUACAUUUUUUUGUGCGAUGUUUUUGUGUUCAUCUUUUGCUUUAUCAAUUUUGAAAGAUAACGAUAUAAAAGUGAUAGUUGAUGUAAUUCAAUCUUUCAACAAACCAUCUGAUGUGAUUUCAAAUUUAUGCUGGACGAAUACUAGUAAAAAGAAGUUAACAAUUAGUCUGACACAAGCAAACAAACCAAGAUCUAUAAAGUUCGUAAGCGCCUUACACGAUAACGAUCUUGUUUAUCCAGAAAAAAAUAUAUUCCUGAUAGACGUUAGUUGCAAAGGAACUAAAGCGUUUUUAAAUGAAGCUGCAUCUCGAAAAUAUUAUGGGAGACCUCAUAGAUGGUUUAUAAUUAACAGACCAGCUAACGAAGUCAGAGUACCUCUUGAAAUAUAUAACAUGCAUAUGCUACCAGAUUCUGAAGUUUAUGUCAUGCAGUUAAUAAAUAAUAGCUACAGCAUUAAUUUGAUGUACAAAAUAAAGCCGAACCGUGAAUGGAUAAUAGAAAACUACGGAAACUGGUCAACCGAAAAUGGUCUCACUAUUUCAAGUCACGCCAAGGAGGCGUUGGCCGUGAGACGGAGGGAUCUAGCCAGGGCCAGUAUCGCCACUUCCAUGGUUAUUACUGACAACAGCUCCUUUGCUGAUUUGGAGGUCUUACAGUAUAAGCAAAUAGACCCCGUCACAAAAAGCGGCUACCACCAGCUGACUCCACUCUACGAGUUCAUGAACGCGAGCAGAGAGUUCAUCCUCACGGACCAAUGGGGAUAUCGCGCCAACGGGACUUGGUAUGGCAUGGUCGGACAUUUGGCCGACGGAACAGCAGAAAUUGCAGGCGCUGUACUAUUUAUAACAGAAGAACGUAUGCAGCAUGUAGAGUACAUGUCUCACCCCAUGGCAUCUUCGGUCAAGUUUUUAUUCCGAGAGCCACCACUGUCUUAUCAGAAUAAUUUGUACCUGUUACCGUUUCAAGCUUCUGUAUGGUAUUGUAUAGCAUCAUUUGUGAUGGUACUGAUUGUUGCCAUGUACGUUAGUGCAUACUGGGAGGCGAAAAAGGUAAAAGAUAAGCACAAAGGCGACGAUACAGCAGUGUUGGUCCCAACUAUAAGCGACGUGACGAUCUUUGUGAUGUGCGCUAUUUCUCAGCAAGGAAGCACUGUGGAGCUAAAGGGUAUGCUAGGCCGCUUAAUGAUCCUAAUAUUAUUCCUAGUAUUCCUCUUCCUCUACACGGCGUAUUCAGCAAGCAUCGUGGUCCUGCUGCAAUCUAGUUCCAAUCAAAUACGUACACUCACUGAUCUGCUUAACUCCAAACUGGAGCUUGGCGUUGAAGAUACGCCUUAUAACAGAUACUGGUUUAUGAAUGAGAAAGAACCGAUAAGACGAGCAAUUUACGAGAAAAAAAUAGCUCCGAGUGGAUCAAAACCCAAGUUCUUUGAUCUGACGGAAGGAGUACUGCAGCUACAAAAGAAACCAUUUGCCCUCAACUGUAACUUGGGAGUAGCAUACAAAGUGAUGGAGAAAUAUUUCUACGAGCAUGAAAAAUGUGGUCUUCAGGAAAUUUCGUACCUUCAAGAUGAUAAUCCAUGGCAAGCAGUUAGAAGAGGGUCACCGUAUCGGGAGAUAUUUAAGAUAGGCCUCCUUAGAAACGAAGAGUUCGGCCUAAACGACCGUACCAACCGCAUCAUUUACUCCAAGAAGCCGGUCUGCUCUGUCCGAGGAGGCAGCUUCGUAUCUGUAUCACUCGUCGACUGCUAUCCUAUUCUACUGCUUCUUUUAUAUGGGAUGAUACUCGGGGUAUUGUUGCUGCUGGUUGAGAUAUUCCAUCAUCGGAAGAUCUUGAACAUGCCUUGUGGGGGUGGCAAAAGUCAGAGGCUACUUGUAGACACUACACCACAUUCUGAGCUUUCUGACAAGAUGCAAGUAGCUGAACUGUAGGAAGUCCACUGAGCUUUUGUUUCAGUGGACUUCUAUAAUAAGUAUUUUUACUUGUAAGUACUUCUUUAAGGGAUGCUUUUUAAUACCUACACCUUGUGAAAGAAGCAAAUCAGGCCCCUAUUUCACCAACGUGACAGGUGCGACAAUUCGACAAGUCUCAUUGUUGCUGACGUCACAGGCAACCAUGGGCUACGGUUAUCGCUUACCAUCGGGCGGCCCGUAUUCCUGUUUGUCACCAUCAUUGUAUCAUUUAAAAAAAACUUUAUUAUAUCGGCAAAAAACAGCUAUUUCUCUUGUGAUGUUUAUGAUGAUAAUGAUGACAAUUGUCACAAGAUUUCAUAGAACUAUCGAUAGGUAAUUCUUGACAGCAAAUGAGUUCUGUGUCGGAAUUUCGUGACAAUUGUCGUAUUUCUUAUGAUAAUUGUCAUUAGCUUCGCAAAAUAAAUACUCAUUUACUGGCGAUAUAGUGGAGUUUUUUUUUAUUAACAUCUUGGUGGCAAACAACCACACCGCCCAUCUAAUGGUAAGCGGUUACCGUAGCCUAUGGAGGCCUGUGAUGUCAGUAACAGUGAUGUCGACAAAUGCGAUAUUUGUCACGUUGGUGAAAUAGGGCCCAGGUCAAAGAAUACUUGUAGACUGUGAACUAUAAUGUCAAAAAGAAAUGCACACAGUAUAAACAAAGAUGCUAAAUAGGUACCCCCCUGACAUAUUUAUGCACUUUGCCUCACUAAACCAGCAUCUAUCUUCACAAUACUGUUGUUUUGCAUUUACGGAGCGCGUUACCGAAAGGUCAACCUUAAAAAAAGGGGAAUAGGAUCGAAAAUAGUUCGCCGCGCCGUAAUGUGGGAAAUCACGACAUCAGUCAAGCAGUAAGCUGGUGAUAUGUUAAAAGGGGAAGAGUAAUUUUUGGGCACAAUUCCACACACGCUUUGUGUUCCACGAGGCCAAUUCAGAUUCAACGACUUGUUAUGGUUUUGAACUGGUUUUGAUACGAUCUUGAUGUUUCUGUUGCUCGGUAAAUUUUUCGGUUGCUAUAGUUAUUAAAGUUUAGAAAGC